AUGAGGAAGUACAAUACGAGGAUUCCUAGUUGUCGGCCUAAUCAAGGAAGGAGGCAGCGGUUCCCAUACGCCAGACCUGAUCUUGACGUAAACCUCUUGAAAGAAAUUAUAAAAGGGGAUGAUAGCGAGCAUAAGGAGAGUUUGGUUUCUAUACUUGAAGACUCGGUAUUCAUGUUGAUGUUGGGUAGACGGCUGCAUUGUCUCUACAGCAUGCUCAUUGAUGCGUGCGAAGGCCACCAGUUGGAUUUACUCGUUGGGAGGGUCUUGUCGCAGGGCAAAUACUUUCUAACUGCAGCAUUCCCCAAACAAGGAGCAAGUUCAAUCAUCAAACUGAUGAUGAUUUAUGGUUUGGACAGAGCAAGUUCAAUCAUCAAACUCAUCAAAAAGGUGAACAAGUCGUUGCCUCAUGCCAUGGCUAUGACAAGAGUUCUGUCCACCAGAUUCAUAGAUAAAAUGUCUCAUCCUACGGCCAGGGAUGUCAUUCUACAAUGCCUACUCCUCUUUCCAAGGCAGCCUAAUGAGGUGCUCUACGAAAAAGUACUACUGCAUUUCCAAAAUUUGGCCAUACACAAAGUCAGAUGCAGAUCAUUGAUCGACUGUGUCGCCCUCAUCCGUGGAGAUCAAAGAGUUAGACUUAUCAAUAAGAUAGCAGAUGUAUCUGAUUAUCUUUCGUAUGAUCCACACGGGAACUACGUCGUACAAAAUCUCCUAGGCCCUAAAAACAAGGGCAUUACCAAGAAAAUAACACGUUUCCUGCAAAAUCAGUUUAUGGGAUUGGCGUGA